AUGCAAACCUCGGAUAUCACGGCAUAUCACACGGCCUACAACUACACACUCAACCAGACGGACGUCAGGAUUGUCCUGGAGGAUGAAAACCUUUACCAGGUACCCAUUGGACUGUUGGUGUUGUUGUCCAUCUUUUACGGCACUAUCAGCAUCCUGGCAGUGAUAGGGAACUCGCUGGUGAUAUGGAUCGUCAUCACAACCAAGCAGAUGCAAACGAUCACCAACAUGUUUAUCGCCAAUCUGGCACUAGCGGACGUUACGAUCGGUGUGUUCGCCAUCCCAUUCCAGUUCCAGGCGGCCCUGCUGCAACGCUGGAACCUGCCCGAGUUCAUGUGCCCGUUCUGUCCGUUCGUGCAGCUUAUCAGCGUUAACGUGUCCGUCUUUACGCUCACCGCCAUUGCCGUCGAUAGGCAUCGGGCCAUCAUCAAUCCGCUCAGGGCACGGACAUCGAAAAACAUAUCCAAAUUCGUCAUCAGCGCCAUCUGGAUGCUAUCGUUUGCAUUGGCCGCACCGAUUCUGUUCGCACUGCGAGUACGUCCAGUAUCCUACAUUGCGCUAGGUGGUAUGAACGAAACGUACACCAACAUUACCGUACCGUUCUGUAAGGUGGUCAACUUUGAGCAUGGGGAAAUUCUGCUCUAUCGUUACAUCCUCGUGCUGGUGCAGUACUUCAUACCGCUGUUUGUCAUCAGCUUCGUUUACAUACAGAUGGCCCUUCGAUUGUGGGGCUCGAAGACACCGGGCAAUGCGCAAGAUUCACGAGACAUUACCAUGCUGAAGAACAAGAAGAAAGUUAUUAAAAUGCUGAUUAUCGUUGUGGCACUGUUCGGCGUUUGCUGGUUUCCUUUGCAGCUCUACAACAUCCUGCACGUGACGUUGCCGGAAAUCAAUGAAUAUCGUUUUAUCAACAUCAUUUGGUUCGUCUGUGAUUGGUUGGCCAUGAGCAACAGCUGUUACAAUCCGUUUAUCUAUGGCAUUUAUAACGAGAAGUUUAAGCGCGAAUUUCGCAAACGUUAUCCAUUUAAGCGUGAUCAAACCUACAACCAUGCCCAUGAAUCGGACAAAACGUCAUCCAUUUUCACGCGCGUCAGUUCUAUUCGCUCCAGCUACGCUACAUCGUCCAUACGGAACAAGCUAAGUACCAACCGCUAUUCAGCAUCCAAGCAGCUUCCAGCUCAGUUCAAAUUUCCACCAUCCAAUCAACAUUUCCACCAACCUCCUUCCACCCACAAUAACACGGCCCAUAUGCACGAGCUAACGUUUGGAACGAAAAAAUGCCCCUUGAACUUUGACGGCACUUCAACGACCACCUUCGCUCAAGGGCGGCCGAUAAGCUGGGAGCAAAAGAUGGAGCAGCAGUUGGUCGAGCACGAUAAAUUGAUUGGAUCCAUUACGGAUCCACACCAGCAACAGAUACUUGUGAGUUCCAGCAUAGGCGACAUUGAGGAUCACCAGCUACGGACGAAAGAACCGAUCUCUUUAACUUCCAACCGCACCGAAGCAGCAAGGCAGCGAAAUGGUACGUCUCGGGAAUCCACCCUAACCACCAACUAUGUUGACCAGGUGGCACUGAAACAUCCGCAUCCGGACAGUGGAGGUGAGGGUGGUGAUGGUGAACCAGAACCCGGAAUACGCUCCAUCCACGAAGGUUUGGACUCUGGAGGCCACCUGUAUUGUAACGAUUUAGAAGAACUUGGGCCAUACUUUGACUAA